CCGGUGUGGAGUGGGUGGGAGGGCGCUCCCGGAGCCGGCGCACACCUCGCCCCGCCCCUUCGGCACGCAGGCCUUGCGCAAGUUCGCGCACGCGCGAGCUCUCGUACGGGCCAGAACCUCGGUCUGGCCUGCGGGGACCUGGCGGUUGGAGGCCAGGCUGCUGAGGUACUAGGGGUGGAGCCCGAGUCGCCGCCGCCGCCGGAGAAGAGCAUGUCUGCCACUCGAGCCAAGAAAGUGAAGAUGGCCACCAAGUCAUGUCCCGAGUGCGACCAACAGGUUCCUGUUGCAUGUAAAUCAUGUCCUUGUGGUUACAUAUUUAUAAGCAGAAAACUUUUAAAUGCAAAACACCCAGAGAAAUCACCACCUUCUACAGAAAACAAGCAUGAGGCCAAGAGGAGGCGAACAGAGAGAGUUAGGCGAGAGAAGAUAAAUUCUACAGUAAAUAAGGAUUUAGAAAACAGAAAGAGGUCUCGAAGUAACAGCCAUUCAGAUCAUAUCAGACGAGGAAGAGGAAGACCAAAAAGUGCAUCUGCCAAAAAACAUGAGGAAGAAAGAGGACAAAAUCCCACAAGAACAAGAAAUGGGAGAAACAGCAAACUUUUGGAAAGUGAUAACUGCUUUAACAGAUUCAUGAGACCUAAAUUGUAAGCUCCCUUGGGGAAAGCUAAGAAAGAAUCUGAUUUUUAUUACACAACUGCCUUAAGGUCAGGAAUCUGUGCAUCAGUUAUGUCUGGAAAUAUAGAGGUGAAGGUGAGGCUAAAAACUAGACUGUUUGAAAGAGUAUCUUAAUAGCCUGCUAGGGCUGUUUACCCUGUCUUCCCCUCCUUCCAGAUUUAUCCUUUAGACAAAAUGGUCUCUGGUCUAGGGCAAGGGUACUGUAUUAAGAUCAGGAUGAUCAGGUGAAAAUUGGGAUAUAGUAAGUACUGAGUUCUCUGGACAGGCUUUUAUAUUCCAAGUAAGAGAUUAGAGAUAUCCUCUUUGGGGAAUAUGAAGAGCCUAAGAGGAAAGGCCUAAAAUAAAGAUGCUUAAGGGAUUUCACAAAGAAAUGGCCCAGAUAGCUCAUUCUGAAGUGAUGACUACAGUCAAGUUCCAUAUAUGUGCAUGAGCUAAUCUGUUUUAUUUGGUCUUAUUCUUAAAUAUGAGCAUAUUACCAAGAAUUACCCAGAUACAUGGAGGAAAGAGUCUUGUAUGAAAAGUUAAGACCAAAUCAACAGGGAAAAAAACCUUGGAUAGUUUUCUUUUGUAAGGAAAAAAGAAAAGAUUAAACUGUUAUUAAUAUUCUAGCAAGAGAAGGUAUUGUAGUCAUGAAAUAAGACCAAGAUGAUUAUUUGAAAGGAAAUGGCAGAUAUAAAAAAAAUACCUGAAAAUAAACUAAAAAAUAUUAAUUAAAAAGUAUGUGAAUAAACAUAUGACUUGGGGAAAUGAAAAUCUUUAACAGGCUUAUAGACAAAAUGGAAGAAAUGCACCAGAAUGUAAUAACACAGUAGGAAAAGAGACGAAAAGAUAAAAUCAGAAAGAUAAGAAAUUUAAAGGACCAGUUUGAGAUCAUCUAUCAAUAAGUGAUGUUGCAGAAAAGAAUAUACAAGAUGAAGGAGAAGGAUGUUAUCAAUGAAAAUUCAAGAAAUUUUCCUAAAUCUGAAGGACAGUGAGUUUCCAUAUUGAAACAGCCCACCAAAUUCCCCACCCAACAGAUACGAAGUAGAGAUUAUGUCAGAGAUAUCAGAGCAUAUCAUCAUAAAUCAUCUCUCUUUGGUCAAAGGAAAAAUCUUUCUCAAGUGUUCAGAGAAAAAAGAAAGAAAAUCAAAAUGGUAUUGGAAUUAAUACAGUGGAAUGCUACCCAGCAAAGAACAAACUACUCUUAUGUAAACAGCAUCAGUGCAUUUCAAAAACAUUGAAUGAAAAAGGCACUAGAAAUAAAGCAGUACAUACUAUAUGAUACCAUUUAUAUGACGUUCAAGAACAGGUAAAAUGAAUAUGUGGUAAUAGAAUCACAACAUCAGUUGCUGGUGGUUGGUGAGGGAUAGACUGGAAAGGAAUAUGAGGAAUUUUCUGUAUCUUGAUUGUGGUGUGAGUCACAUGGAUAUAUGUUUGUGAGAAAUCAUCCAGUUGUACACUUAAGAUCUGUACGUUUUGCCAUAUGUAAAUUUAGCAAUAAUUUAAAAAAAUCUGUUAAAAAAGGUAAUGAGUUUUCUUAACAGUGGCACCAGUGGUUGAAAAACAAUUUUUGCUUUCAUCAUACUAAGAGGAAAUUUAUGUAUUCAGGGUCUCAGAAAAUUUGCUACCUGUAUCUACCUGUAGCUUGAAGCUACUAUGAGAUAAAUGCCAUCAAAAUGAAGAAGUAAACCAAGAAAGUAUCCUGGGAUCCAGACCAUAGGGUCCAACUCAAGAGAUGAGAAUUUCCUGCCUGAUGCUGAAAGAGAGCCCAAGAUGAUAAUUAUGUAAUAGGCCUAUAGAGCAACCAUUUCAGAUUGGAACAGAUGGAAAGACUUCGAGAGGUUUUUUCAAGAAGAUAAAAUUGAUUUAACACUUAAUAUGUGAAACAUUCUGGAAAAUUUAUAUAACUAGGAGAGUUUAGGUUCAACUAGUAAUGAAAAGUGAGCAGAUGAAAAAAGAGAAUCUCAAGAGAAAACAGUGUUCAAGAAAAAUGAAAUAAUUUACCUAGUCUGAAUAAUGUAAAGAAUGAAUAUAAAUCUCAGCAAAUUGUGAUAUAACUAUAAUAGGAAAAUGGGAUGGAAAGAGUAUGGUGGGGACAAGAGAUGGAAAACAGUAAAAUCAUAAUUUUCUGUGGUAGAAAGUCAGUAAUGCCUAAAACCAAAAAACCAAGUAGCAGCAUCAUAUAAAAAUAUUACUUAAAGACAGGUAAAAACAAGAAGGAACAACUGAAAAAAAGUAGUUGCAUUUGUGGAGGGUGGGAAAUGUGCAGUGAGGGGAGGAGGACUUCUGUUUUUUGUAACAAGUUUUGUAAAAAGGAUUUGUCUGUAAACUAUAUACACAUUUAACUUUGAAUAAAAAGUCAGAGUAAAAUGAAACAGACAGAAGUAGAAUCAUGGUAGCCUGAAAAAAGAAUUUGGAAGAAGGUACACAAAGAUGUUAAUUGUGAUUUUAGUUGUUUUUCUGUAUUUUUUCAGUUUUCUGCCAUGAACUUGGAUUACAUUUGAAAUCAGGAGGGGAAAAAUAGAGAUAAAAGUUGGUUAUUAUUUUCUGUAGCAGAGCUAAGGUGAAGAAGUUAAUAUGUUCAUAAAGGCACUAUUGAUACUCAGAAGGGACCAUCUGGAGAAAAUUAGUUUUGAUUGAGACAAUGAGCUCAUGUUAGAAAAAAGCAAUAUUUUAGAUUUUCCAGAAAUUAUGUAGAUAUUUAUAUGACUGUAUACAAAUCUAGUCUCCAUUUAGUUUUAUAAUUUAGUUCAUGGUAUUAAUAACUUCUUUGAAAUUAAAAAGAAAUUCAAUUCAGAGGCAUAAUACUUUAUAACAUUUAAUAUACUUUGUAUAAUAUUGUCAUUUAAAGAAAUACUUGAAAGCUUUACAUUUAAAAGAAUUACUUCAUCUUCUGCCUUUAUAUUAAGCUUUGCCUUUUUCUUU